AUGAAGGCCGUCACCAUUCUGUUGAGCAUUCGUCUGGCCGUAGGAGCCAUGGCGACUGACAUGUGUUCUACAUACUCGCGUACGCCCUGCAUCUGCCCUGCGGGCACUGAAUAUGCACAGUCCGCCUCGUGGGCAGUCGUCGGCGCCAAUGCUAAGGAUGUCGAAGAGCUCAUGAACGACUACUUCGAAUGCGGAUGGCGUGGAUCCGUUCCGUACGAGACCUUGGGGCCCAACAACCACCCCGGCAAGUCUGUUCGUGUGACGACAUUCAAGACGCUGCAAGGGAUUUUUAACUUCUCCGAAAUUCUCACCGACCAACGCGUUCAGAGUGACGGCUCCUUCAUUCAGAAGUUUGAAUACUUGUCUACGAUCCCAGGCUCCAACAAGAAUGGCACCCAGACGCCGUGGGGUGGAUAUUGGAUUACCAUUACGGCUGACCACAUCUUCGGGAACGAGACAUUGAUUAGAUGGAGUACCUACCUCUGCUCGAGAGGCUAUGUCAAUGACAGCAAAGUCGCAACGCAGGCCGUGAGUAGACAUGACGGCGUACCGGCAUCGACGCAGCCGGUAACGCUGCAAAUCGUUAUUCCACUGAUUGCUCUGGCGGUAGCUGUACUGGUCCUCCAUCGAAUGUUACGUCAUGCGGCCAGUAAGACGACAGAAACGCCAGCCACCCAGGGCCUAAAAGCACUUGCACGGCAUCAUGAAACCGCUGCAGCUCUACUACAGCUCGUCGACACAGACGGUGCUGGCAGUUGGCCCCCUAGAACCACUCAUGGCAGUAAUUGGCCAGUUGCCCUCCAGCCCUACCAUGAGAUCUACCUGGAGCUGCUUCCCCUGCUAUCGUCAACCGAACCCUCGCUUGAUGAUGAGGUCAACAACAAAAAGCGUAGCGGGUACCGCGAAAUCAUGAGAAAGUUGUUUGCGGGCCGUAUCAAUCUUGCCGAAGUCGAGGGGAUCCUUGCGCAGGCGGCAGCAGGGAACUGGGAUAUUUGUUCCCGCCAGGCUUACAAUGGAUUUUACUCCUGCAUUGGCGUGAGCCGCCAUGCUUAUAGGUGGGCCACUAUCCCGAUUGUCAAAGUCGCCCAGGACGAGAAACUUGUCGACUUUCCCGCCGAGCUUGACGUGCCCUGGAGUCACCUCCAGCGGCAUUUCGGCCUGGCAGCCGACAGUGGCAACAACACAUCCAACGUGCUCCUCAACUACAACGAAAAUGGCGAAAGGGCGUACAGGAUCAACCUUGACAUUUCCGACCUUGUUACCUCCACCGAAGAGGCCUUCUUCCGACUCUUUUGGGAUGUCGAAGUACUGGGCGCUCCCAUCUACAUAGAGAUGAUCCGUGCCAACAUCGCCUAUGACCAGAACGACAAAGCAGUAUGCCUGAAGCAUAUGGACAAUAUCGCUGAUCAACUCCGCGGGCUCCUCAGGGUCUGGUAUCAGAGCAUGACCCAGGUCCGAGUGAACAAGUCCGUCUGGCUCAGUUACUGCCAGGGCUUCCAAGGCUGGGGAUGCGGCCGGAUGGUGGAUGGCGAAAUGGUCAUUUUUGAUGGAGUUUCCGGAAGCCACACCAUGUUCUUCAUGGCUUUGGACGCUUUUCUAGGCAUGGAUCCAUAUCUCAGCCAGGAAAAUGCCGCGAGGUGUAUUCCUCACAACCAGCGCGAGCUGUGCGCCACCUUGAGGAAUCACUCCUUCAUCAAGAGUCUGCAGGCUAAGGGUGACAGGGAACUUGUCAAGGCGUCGCAAAAGAUUGUAAACCACCUCAAGAUGUGGCGGUCAGCUCACAAAACAAGGGUUAUGCCGUAUCUCGCGCAACCAGCUCCGGAGAGGACUAUGAUGACGGCCGGAAAGUCAUUCAUAGAGUCCGGGUCCGACAUGGCACACCUCAAAAUCUUAGAGGGUAUGCUCAUGGGCAGGCUGAAGAAAACCGUCACUCUGAGCAGCAAGCUUCUAGGAAUUUAUGGCAACAACAAUUCCGAAAGCCCAACCACCCCAAGAGAUGGCCCUCUGGAAAACAAAAUGUCAAUCCCAACAGUAACCUAG